CAUCCCCUUUUGACUGGAGAACACUUUAGUUCUACUUUUCCACAGCUUUAUUUUCUCAGUUUUGCAGUGUGAAUUCUCUCUCUACCCUCAUGUAUGGAUAAGGAAGUGACUGACAACUACUUUCCCAGCUGUCUACACACUGUUAAAGGGACGGCUGUCUGGCUUAGUCCUAUUGACACUGCUUAAAGGAGACGGAGAUUGGUUGGGUAUUGGCGGUCAGGAAAAUGCGUGUCGCUGUAAUAGGAGCUGGAGUGACUGGCCUCUCCACAGCACUGUGCAUUCAUGAUCAGUACCACCGCACAGUGCACCCUCUAAAGAUUGAGAUCUAUGCAGACAAGUUUACCCCGCUUACCACAAGUGAUGGAGCAGCCGGGCUAUGGCAGCCGUAUCUAUAUGACCAGGGACACAAGCAAGAAACCCAAUGGAGCAAGGAAACCUUUGAUUAUCUGCUAAAGUUCGUACAUUCUGAAGAAGCCCAAAACAUGGGGCUAUUUCUGCAGUCGGGAUACAAUCUUCUAAAGGAACCUGCACCUGAGCCUUCAUGGAAAGAUGAUGUCCUAGGAUUUCGUCACCUAACACCAAAAGAGCUUGAAUUAUUUCCUGGAUACAGUUAUGGUUGGUUUAACACAGCAUUGAUGAUCGAGGGGAAAAACUACUUACCUUGGCUCACCAAAAAACUACAGGAGGCAGGAGUAACGUUUAUUCACAAGAAGAUUGAAAGUUUCGCAGAGCUUGCUGCUCAAGGGGCAGAUGUCAUCAUUAACUGCACAGGAAUGCGUUCAGGACAGCUGCAGCCUGAUCCAGAUUUAAAGCCAGGCAGAGGGCAGAUUUUGAAGGUUAUUGCUCCUUGGAUGAAACACUUCAUUGUAACUCAUGAUCUAACGACAGGGGUAUAUACCACACCAUACAUUAUUCCUGGGUCUCAGCUGGUCACUCUGGGAGGAAUUUACCAGCUAGGGAACUGGAAUGAGGAGGAUGUGUCCGAGGAUCAUAAAUGGAUUUGGGAAAGCUGCUGUGAGCUGAUUCCUAGUCUUAAGAAUGCAAAGAUUGUGCAUGAUUGGACAGGACUGAGACCAUCACGAAGUAAAGUCAGGCUGGAGAGAGAGCCAUUUGUCUCAGGACCAGUUAAGAGUGAACUCAUACAUAAUUAUGGCCAUGGUGGAUAUGGUCUCACCAUCCACUGGGGAUGCGCACUGGAGGCGGCCCGGUUAUUUGGAAAAAUUGUAGAUGAAAAGAAAUCCAGAUUUCCCAAGUCUUCGCUAUGAAAGUGAUUGAAAAGCAUUGCAUUCACUGAAAUGAAAGGAUUGUUCUUCUAACCUUACAGAUUUUGAAAAGAGACUCUGUUAAGAUGAUUAAUACAUCAUUAAUACUAGAUUGUUAGGCGAAUUGGCUGAUUCACUAUCUCAGCCUAGACAUAACAAUUAACACACAAAACAGCGUUCCAUAGAUUACCCAAGCCUUAACCAAAUUUAAAUUACAAAUUAUUCUGGAAAAUGAUUUUUCUCUUACGCUUUCCAUGCUCUUAAUUUUUUUGUGAGCAAAUGUUGGCAAUAAAGAAAUCAUGUACCUUAUUUUUGCAUUGAAGGAAAAGCA